AUGGCGCCUCGCCUGGCGAGCCUCGCCGCGCUGCUCGGCGCGUGCCUGUUGCUCGCCGCGGGCGCGCGGCCGUCGGCGCCGCGCGGCGUCGCGCCGCGGCCGCGACGACCCGCGCGCGGCGGCGCGAGCGCACGGGCGCUCGCGGUCCGCGGCGGCGACACGGAGGACAUCGAGUACGACGAGGACGACGAGCCCGGCGCCGUCGCGUCGCUGCUGGCGUCGCUGCCGCCGACGCUGCGCGUGCACGUCGUCUCCGUCGUCGCCGUGACGGCCGUCGCCUUGACGGGCGUGCUCGAUCCGAACGCGGCGUUCAGCCUCGACACGUACGGCACCGUCGCGCGGCUCCAAUUGUGGCGCCCGCUGACGUCGGCCUGCUUCCUCGGCGAGCCGUCCAUGGGCUCGGCGACGAGCCUCUACCUGCUCGUCAAGUACGGCAAGGAGCUCGAGGCCGCCGUGGGAAGCGAACCGUUCGCGAAGUUCCUCGUGUUGCAGACGGCGCUCCUCGCGUUCGCGGGCGGCGCGACGGGCGUGCCCUUCACGGCCAACGCGCUCAUCACGGCGGUGAUCUACGCCUGCAGCCGCCUCGAGCCCUUUGGGAACGUCCAGUUCCAGUUCGGCAUCACGCUGAAGUACUGGAUGCUGCCCUUCGGCCUGAUGGUCGUGGAGAUGCUCCAGCAGCAGUCCGUCGCCGCCGUCUUCCCCCACGUCCUCGGCAUCCUCUGCGCCCACUUCCACCACUUCUUCGCCGUCGUCUGGCCGAGGCUCACCGCGGACGCCGAGUCCGCGGCGCCGAAGGCGAAAACCGCCAAGGUCGGCCGCAAGCUCGGGAGCGGCUAG